AUGGAGAAGCCAGGUGUGCCCAUGCAAGCGUAUCCCCAGUCGCCUGAAGCCACAGGCCAGCCACAGCCGCCCGUCUACGCACAAGAUCCAAACGCGCAGCAAUACUCGCAGCCACCCCCACAAGCGACAUAUCAGCACCCAGACGCCAGCGUCGCCGGUUCAGCCCCAGGCAUGCCGCCCCAGCAAAUGCCCGGCACACAGUACCAGAACGCGACGCCCAUUGCCAAUCUUCAGCGCGGCCCCGCGCCCGCAGACUGCCCUGCAUGCGGCCAGCGCUCCCUCACAAAUGUCUCGUUUGAGACGGGUAACACAACACAUGCCUGGGCCUUUGGUCUCUGCUGCUUGUGCUGCUUGGGCUGCAUUCCCUACGUCAUGAGCUCGACAAAGGACGUCCAGCACAAGUGUGGCCGCUGCGGUGUCUUGCUCGCAACAUGGCAUCGCAGUGGCAGCACUGAGGUGCAUAUCCACUCUUAG